AUGGGUAUUCAUAAGAAGGUUUUGAUUCAUCUAAAGAGGUAUGCUAUUGUGGAGGAAUUGGCUGGACUAGGUGCAAGUGUACAUACUUGUUUUCAGAAUGAAGCCCAACUCAACGACUGCUUGAGUCAAUGGAAGAAAACGGGUUUUCAUCAAGUCACUAGCUCAGUGUGUGAUGUGGUCUCAAAAACCCAGAGAGAAGAGCUAAUAAAUAAGGUCUCAUCACUAUUUAAUAGCAAACUUAACAUCCUUAUAAACAAUGUGGCAACUCUUAAAGGAAAGCCAACAACUGAGUAUACGGCUGAAGACUACUCAUUUAUCUUGAGUACGAAUCUUGAAUCUACUUUCAAUAUAUGCCAACUUGCACAUCCUCUUCUGAAAGCUUCAGGAGCUGGUAUCAUUAUUAUGCUCUCUUCUGUUGCUGGUGUGGUAUCGGCUCCAAAGGUUAGGAGUGUAUAUAGGGCAACUAAAGGAGCAAUGAAUCAAUUGGCAAAAAAUUUGGCUUGUGAGUGGGCAAAAGACAAGAUUAGGAUCAACAGUAUUGCACCUUGGUUCAUCAGAACUCCUCUCACUAAAGCUAUCAUAAAUGAUGAGGAGGUUAUGAACUCUCAAACCCCUUUAGGACGUCCUAAAGAGCUGGAAGAGGUGUCUGCCUUGAUAGCAUUUUUAUGCCUUCCUGCAGCUUCAUAUAUAACUGGGCAAACUGUUUACGUCGACACAUGGAUGACUAUCAACAGCGUACUCUUCCAAUGA